UUGGUUUCAUUUGUUAACAUGAGUGUAUUGGGAUUAUAUUCGUUGUUUGUUACUUUAUUGGUGACGUUUUUGAAUUGUGUAACGGCAGAGCCAGAAAUAGUUACUGCAGAUGAUGGUACCAAAUUUUUAAUUGAAAUGGAAUCAAAGUACAAUUGGUUUGAAGCUUUACACGAAUGUGGUCGCCGUAAUUAUCAACUGGUUGAGGUGCACGAUGGUGAUAAGCACAACACUUUGUUAAAGACCUUGAACACAUUUUUAGGUAAAUCGACUAAUCUGUGGUUGGGAGCCAACGACCAAUUCAGUGGUGAUAGAGAUUUGAAGAGGCCUUUUUACUGGGCUUCCUCUGGCAAACGCAUGACAUUCUCGCAUUGGUGCAAGGAUAAUCCCAAUAACGACGAUGGCGAGGAGCAUUGUGUGCAUACAUGGGAGGAUGUAGAAAAUUUUGGUUGGAAUGACAAUACAUGCACUAGUAAAAUGGGCUUUGUAUGUGAGGAAAGGCCUAAGAAUUGUUAAUAAACUUGCUCGAUACCAAAAAUAAACAAAACACUAAUAGCUUUGCAAUCAAUAUGAUUUACAAGAAAAUUCUUCUAAAUGUUCAUUAAACCAUUUUAAUAAAUGAAAACUGUCAAGUACAAUAA